ACUUCCGACCCGCGCCGCACGCAAACCAGUCCCCCUCUUCCCUCGGCCGCCGCAGAGAGAGAACAGCACCGCAGCGGAGAGGGGAGAGAGAGACAGAGGGAUCAUGGUGGCGCCGAACGUGAAGGCGGAGACGAUGAGGCUGAUGGACCGGCGGUCGGCGCUGGAGGCGGAGAUGGACGCCAUCAUCGCCGCCCUCUCCGCGCCGGGCGGGGCGGGCAUCACGGGCUCCCUCGUCGACGCCGAGGGUUUCCCCAGGGCGGACAUCGACAUCCCCGCCGUCCUCGCCCAGCGCCGCAAGCUCGGUGAGCUGAGGAAUGACCACAAGGAUGUUACAAGCAAAAUUGAGAAGAAUCUGGAAGUUUUACACUCUACAAAAUUAACAAGAAAUGAGCAAUCAAUCCCAAGAAGUUCUGGUAUAUCAGCUCCACUGCAUGGUGGAUUGUCUCAAAAUGAUCCUAUGGAAGAGGAUGUGGUAACCAGACUUCCUUUUGCCAUAAUUGAUGACAUUGCAGAUGGUUCUCCUGCUGCUUUGGAUGGCUUGCUGCUUGGGGAUGAGAUAGUGAAGUUUGGGAGUGUAGAGGCUGGUGGCAGACUGCAAGAAAGGCUUGUUUCUGAAGCCGUUUCCAAUGAGGAUAAUCAAGUAUCUCUACUCAUCAUUCGUCAGGGAUCACCAAUGAACUUGACAAUCACACCAAGAAAGUGGCAUGGAAGAGGACUUAUGGGGUGCCAUUUCCGAAUCUUAUGAAGGGUCGGUCUAUAUAUUCAACUGAAGAAUGGCGUGCUUUCACGUCUGCACUUGUGCUGACAGCUCUUGCCGCUCAACGUUUCAAUCGAGUCGAAGUAAACUGAUAACCUGAAUGCCUGUACUUACUUUACCUGUAGCUGCGCUUAAAGUACAAUGCCACUUGUGGAACCUGUAGUUGCCUUGGUUACAAGCUUUAUUUGGUACAAUUCCUAUAGCUGCGCUUAAAGAACUAUGCCCAUCA